AUGAUAAAUUUUUUUGGUUUGAUUUACGCAGCGAGUCAUUCUGUCACGAGUAAAAAUUGCGAAUUGAAAGAAAGAAUACAUAGAGCAAUAAGAGAACUUCCUAUUGUCGAAGAACUUAAAAAUUCUCAUAGGAUUCACGGGGGUGUAAGUGGUUCUGGUGCCACGACUUCAACUUUACAUAAUAAAAGAUCGACAUCGUUUAAAAGACGUAGUAGAGAUACAAUACCACAAUUGGCUAAAAAUAUUGAAUCAUUUUUACAAAAACUUAUACCAAAUCAUGGUUUGGUACAAGAUCUUAUGGGUUAUAAUUCUCCCAAUAUGGAUAUACAUAUUUGCCAUAAUUCAGAAAAAUCAUCAACGGAUUCGUGUGCAUGCCCACCGGAAUAUUAUUGUGCACAAAUAUGCACAGAAGAUUACAGCACGGGGAGCUCGAAUAUAUCGUGGCAGCAUUUUCCAAGAUCCACGUCAAGUCGAAGUCGUUGCGAUGAUUCAACCGAAUCAAUACGUAAAAGUUUAACAGAAACACCGAUUUCCGUUAAAUCAUCCGAAGAACACGAAGCGGAACCGGAAACAACGAUUGAUGAUUCGAUAUCUAAAUAUCCGAUCACGGAAUCAUUUUCUCAAAUGAAUGCUCAUCAUUAUUUAAACAUACGUUACGUAAUGCAAUUAUUUAAUUUUUUGAUGGGUCAUUUGGUAUGCAACGAACCCAAUAAUCCGAUUGAAUUUUUAGUGGAUUUACUUGAAAAAUGUUUACAAUUUAGAGAUUCGUUGGGAGAGCCGCCAUUAUUAUUUACCGAAAAUCACGUUAAAUCCAUGUACAGAGCGUUCGAUCCGUUCGAAAGAGGUUAUUUAACAUUGGAACAAUAUUUUGAAGGUUUGACAUCUUUGGGAUUGAAUAAUGAUAUGACAAAAUUUACGGAUAAACCUCCAUUGAAUCCCGAUGGUAACGUCGAUGAAUCUUUUUUUAUUUUCGAAGCUAUGAGAUGCCUGACGGAAAAUUUAAAAAAAAUGUUGAGAAUUCCAACACUCGUUGAAGAAAAUCGUUUGAAAUGGUAUAAAAAAGUUAAAAAAUUACAAAUUAAAAAAUUGAAAAAAUUAAAAUGCGAAGAAGAAGAAGCGGGAGUGGAAGAAGAAGAAGAAUAUAAAAAAAGAAAAGAUGGUAAGAAAACAGCGACGACAACUAUGAAUAGCAUCCACGAUGAAAAAUUUUGCAAUUGUUUUGGACAAAAAAUAAAUCAAAAAUACAUUUGCCGGUGUCCGAAAAUAUCUAAAAAUCUUCGUCACGAACCUGAACAAUUAUUUUUCAAUAAAUAA